AUGAUAGUAAGAAAAAUGCACUUUCGAAGUUUCUUUUAUUUGCAAUUAAUCGUCACCUUGUAUGCAAACAAUGUCAACAUAAUUCGCGAUUAUUUUCUUUUUAAACAAGUCAACAGGGUGGUUGGAUUUUCUUGUGGAAACAGUGAAAAUGACUAUCAAAUCAUCCGAAUUUUUAAUGAUGCUGGAAUCGCAGCCUCCAUAAAGCAACUUACAUCAAACAUCGACAUAUCACAAUUUUUGUACAGUGAUCAUUGGAAUUUAGGAGUGUUCUUGGAUCUACAGUGUUCCUUUACAGACGAUGAUGUCGUUAAACUUUUCAGCGAGACUUCAGCCUAUUACAUGUUCGAUCAUCUGCACCAGUGGCUGAUUUUGGGAGAGAGUAUGAACCGUACUAUUCAAUUAUUAAACGACAGCGUGUUCAGCAUCAUCACAGAUGUAGUCAUUUCUGUACCGAAGAAUGACGAUUAUAUUUUAUACGAUGUGUAUAAUCAUUGCAAACCUUGUGGUGGUUUAUUGAACAUCACAGAAUUUGGUAACUGGAGAGAAAAUGAUGGAUUAGACAUUAACUUGAAAACAGAUAAGUUCUCCAGAAGAUGGAAUUAUCAUAAGAUGAAAGUUAGAGUUGCUGGUGUCGUAACUCAGAGGCCUAAAGAUCAAAUUUUGACAGAGUAUCUUCAGGAGCAGAACAGUGUGGCACUUACAGAUAACUGGCCGAAAUUUGGAUAUUCACUCAUAGUGCACAUUGCUGAAAUAUUCAAUUUCACUUUGGAAGUGUUGGAAUUAGACCAUUGGGAGAAAAAUGAUAGGAACGGCCCGCUGGUUACUGGUCUCAGUAAACGUACUUUUGAUUUGGGAUACUAUCCUUCGAUUUUAACAAACGAAAGACUUAAUUAUGCGGACGUGAUCACACAAGUUUGGCCUGUAAGAACUUGUUUUAUGUUUCUCACUGUACCCUCAUCAAAGAUAGACAUAAAUAUAAUCUUUAGACCAUUUUCAACAAAUGUUUGGUACAUGAUAUUUUUAUUAUCGUUCAUUAUAAUAUUCGCCUUGUGGAUGAUAUUAAAAGUGGAGAAGAACGUUAACAAUUCCGAUUGUGGAACAACGGUUCUUAUUAUUGUAGCUGCAAUGUGUCAACAAGGUUUACCAUUUGUCAGCAAUAAAUGGGCAGGUCGUGUAGCAUUUCUUCACACAAUGAUCUUUGGUUUACUUGUGUAUAAUUAUUACUCAGCAGCAAUAGUAUCAGCUCGACUGAAUGCACCUUCAAAUAAAAUGAAUGAUUCAUUAUAUUCAUUAAUAAAUAGCAAAAUGAAGCUUACAGCUUACAAGGAUAUUUACUUCAAUUUCUUAUUACGAGCUCCUAUACCGGAAGUACAAUAUUUCAAGAAAUACUGGGACAUUAUACCAGAAAAUAAAAAGUUUCGACCAAUAGAAGAGGGUGUAAAGGGAAUUAUGAACCCUAGAUAUGCUUAUCAUGCAGAUCCUAUCAAUAUUUAUCCAGUGAUUGAACGUAUGUUCAGUAAACAGAUGAUUUGUCAACUUAGUGAAAUACAUUUGUUUAGACCUAACACAUUAGGUUUAUGGUCAACUAAAAACGGUCCAUUUCGAGAGAUAACAAAGAUCGGCCUUAUUAGAAUAGCUACCGCAGGAAUCAGAAAGAGGGAAAUACUACGUUGGACCUCUAGGAAGCCUUAUUGUGACAAAGACAAACAUUAUGUAUCAAGCGUUACCAUUCACGAAACAAUACCAAUAAUACUUCUUUUAUUUAUUGGAAUUGUACUGUCUGCUAUAAUUUGUUUUAUCGAGAAUAUUGUUUUUCAUGUGUUGCAAACAAAACAGGGGAAGGAAAAUUAUAAACAAGUUUUGCAAAAAAAUAUAGCUGUAAUUAGAAAGAAAAUUGUAACAAAACAAUGAUUUC